AUGAAUGGCGAUCGGCGGGAUUCGAGGCUAUACUACACGCUAAGCAACACCAAGUCCAAGCCGAAGAAGGUCGGCCCCAGCGUGAGCGAGCUGAUCGUGAAAGCCAUGGCCGCUUUCAAGGAGCGCAACGGCGUGUCCGCGGCCGGUCUCAAGCAGGCUCUGGCUGCCGCAGGCUACGAUGUGGACAAGAACAAAGCCCGUGUCAAGACCGCCUUCAAGAGCCUGGUGGCGAAGGGCACUCUGGUGCAGACCAAGGGCACCGGGGCCUCCGGAUCUUUCAAGAUGAACAAGGCUACUGAGACCAAAGCCAAGAAACCGGCAGGACCUGCUAGAAGUCGCCCAAGAAGGCAGCAGCAGCAGAACUUCAGCAACCGCAUCAGAGGACAAUAGAAUGAGAGUGGUGAGAACACAA